UAUACCUCUUUUUACAUGCAAAUGUAUCAAUGUACGGUUUGUGCAUUGUCAAUAAUGGACGGUUUACUGGUAGACAACUGGUGCAUAACCAUUUAUGUUUUAUAGUGAUUUAUUUUAAUGCGUAAAUCUGCUCAGUGUUAAACACCAUUGUCCCCUCCAGUGUCAACACCAUCCCCAGGAUCCAAGCUGAACUGCUAAAUCUGUAACUGGAUUCUGGACUUCCUGAUGGGCUGCCACCUAGGUGGUGAGGUUCACCUUACACCAUUUCCAAUGAGAUUCCAACUGGGCAUUGAAGACAGGAAGAAAAGAUGACUAGAUGCAGUGACAGCGACAAUUAUGGAGUGACUUCAUUCCCGUCGCUGACCCGUCUCCCAAAACAAUGCAAAAAGCAUGUGUCUUUCCCUCCGGAUGAAGAAAUAGUGUCAGGCUUUGCAGAGUGCAAGGACAUGAGCAAUGUUGACAGCCUCACCUUGGCAGAGGUAAUUGAAGCCUACAAGAGGAGCUGUGACAAGCACCAGGUGGAACCCAACGCCAAGAUUCUGGAACAACUUGAGCAGGCUAUCUGUUUAAAUGGCAGGUCCCCAUGUCUGGAUUUGAAAGGUGAGCGAUUAGACAGCCACUCCUGCGAGGCUCUGGAAGUCAUACUGAAAUCACUGAGCUUUGAUUUCAUCAAUCUACAAGCGGCAGAGCUGGAGGAAAAUGGAGUAUCGUCCUUGCUGGAUAUGAUUUUGUAUUAUGAAUCUACCACCCAUCUUGACAUCUCUGACAACACAGGCAUGGGGAUAUCUGGUUGGAAGGCUCUCUCUCAUUUGAUAAAGCAGAGUGUGUGUCUGUGCAGGCUGGAUGUGUGUAAUGUGGCUCUACAACAGUAUCCAGUCCAAGUCCUGUCAACAGCCCUCCUCAACAGCAGACUCACCGUGUUGCGCCUCCAAAGCGCCCAGCUCAGUGGCAGACCCCUCUUCACACUGGUGGGUGCUCUGAAGAACAACAGAAUGCUCCGGGAGCUGUACCUGUCCAACAAUGGUCUGAACAGUGAACAGGACUCUAUGCAGAUCAGAGACUUGCUUAGAUAUAACAGCAUCAUCCAUUACUUGGACCUCAGUAAUAACACUAUUUCAGACUCAGGACUGGAGGAGAUCUGUGGUGGUCUUAGAGUCCAAACCGAAGGACUGAAAGUUCUGAUUCUGUGGAACAACCAAAUUUCCCCAAAUGGACUGGUGCAUCUAGCUAACGUUCUGCCCGUCCUAAACAGUUUGGAGACGUUGAACCUUGGGGAUAAUAACCUGCAGAACAGAGGGAUCCACGCACUGAGGGAGGCUCUGAUAAAGAACCGCUCACUCCUGCACCUAGGUCUUCGGCACACAGACAUCACAUGUGAAGGUGCUGUGGCCUUGGCUGAGUUCCUAGCUGAGAGCCGUCAGAUCCAGCACUUGGACGUGUGUGAGAAUGAGGUCAGAGCCGGCGGCCUCAUGGCUUUCUGUCUGGCCCUACGAAUCAACCGCAGUAUCACCUCACUGGGCCUGGACCGCACCCCCAAGCAGGAACAGGAGGACUUCCUGAUGGAGACCCAGAAGAGUCUGCUCAGAGAGAUCGGCGAGCUCUGUGAGGGGAACCGGGCCGCCGCCGCCACGCUCCUCUGAGGACCCACUGACAGCCCAGCGCCGUGACUGAAACGGAUAUAUGUACGCCAAGACAGAAAGACAGAAACGUACAACCACGCGAGUACGUCACACGCACGCACACACUUCCCAGCUGACUGCAGAUCUGUUGGAGUACGAAUUCUGUGGCAAAUAAUGAUGACUAUUAAACUCCAAAUAUGGGCAAUAAAUCUGGACCUGCUCCCAAAUGGCACCCUAUUCCCCAUCUGAUGCCCUUCUGACCCGGGCCAACAGGGCUCCAGUCAGAGGAAGUGCACUGUGUAGGGGGUAGCAUGCUAUCUUUUGACACGAGUCCAGCCUCCCUGCUGUUUCCAGGUUAAUGUUCCCGCCGAGGCUCGCACACUUUCCAUAAAGCAAUUUUGUAAGCCCACUCCAAAUGUGAAUCACCCAGAAAUGAAACGAACUGUUCCCUCUGUUCUGUGCCUCGUUCUCCUCCUGCCACCCCCCUCCUCGGUCUCACUCAUUUAAUGUCCCCGGAGAGUGACGCAGACUGAAGCUGAGGUGUAUGCUCUCUCCUUUUGUGUGUGCAUGUGUGUGUGUGUGACUUGUAAAUCGCCGUUUGCUUGUGUUGUUUCAACAUCAUUAAUGUUCACCCAGUCCCAGACCGGGAGAAACUCUGGUUUCUCAUUGUGAAUUUGACCCAUCAGUGGCAACAUCAGCCGCAACAAAUUUGAACUUUGCCUUCUUCCGUUCAAACACAUCAGUUGAGGGACAGACUUGGCCAGUCAAACUAUUAAUACAUAUGUACAGUCUCCAGGAUGUCACACAGCUUUAAAGACAACAGUCUGUCAUCACUAUUUAUUGUACUGUUUUGUGUUGUUUUUAGGAGGAUUCACAUAAUCAAUUUGCACUGUGGAAUUUGCAUCGUUAGGAUUCAUAGUAGAGAACUUGAUUUAGCUCCUAACAACAACUUCCCACCUGCAUAUUACCAUUUCAGUCAAUGGAUUUGGAGCGGUGAAACUUAUGUUAAAACUAUUGAAGCCUGACUAAGACAACAGGGGAUCACCUGAGAACAGUAACAAUUUUAAUAUUUUAUCGACUGAUGGAGAUGUUGUUUUAUUUCCUUGUGAUUUCCUAUAUUGCUUCAUAGUCGACUCAAAUUCUUCGAUUUGUCCGUCGCGCUUAUAAAAAGUGUGUAUUUGUCACACAGACAAAAAUGUGUCUCUGCAGUAAAAAGAAAUUACAGACUGGCGGCUAUGGAAGGCAUUACUUGGCUUUGACAUAAGUAUCAUGAUAAUGAGAGCGUGGGCAGAGCGCUCCUCUGCAUAACCACUCAGUUAAUGUAAAGACUCUUCUAAUGCACGCUACGUCCAGGACUUACUGUACCAUUGCAGUGAUUCCAUAGUGUAUUUGUACUUUUUGUCGUUAUAAAACCAAUAGAAGUUAGUGAAGGAGAACAAUUUCAAGAAAGCAAGUAUUGCAUUGCUGCUGGCCAACCCAAACACGCUGCUUUUCUCUCCCAGCUGUGUCCAUGUUUCUGCCUGCGUCCUCAACGUCACCCUAGUCCUUUUUUCGGUUGCACUUGUUUUGAUUAGUGCCCAAAUUGCUGGUCAAAAGUAGUGCACUAAAUAGGGAAUGUGCCAUUUGAGAGAGCUUGUUUUUGUCCUCUCUUCUAAAUCCCUGUUUAUUAAAGAUGUCCUGAUUGACAGAUGAGGGCAGACGGGCGUAUUUAACAGGGGAUGAUCUCUCCCUUUUCGUCCUUGGGUGUGAAUUGGGUUUCACGCUGCCUGGAUUCCCACCCAAACACCCCCUGUC